AUGAAGCCACCAUCUUUGAUUUUGGGCCUUUGGGCUCUUGUAGCAUGUUUCACACUUGGUGAGAGUCACAGAGGCCCCUGGGGACCGUAUCCACCUAGACUGCUGGCUCCUCCCCCACCACCUUUUCCUUUUGCCCCAGGAUAUUAUCCCUAUGUUCCAGGAAGGAAUCCACCCCCACCCCCACCCCCUCCACCCAAUGGUCCUAGGAGAAUUCCACCACCACCUCCUCCACCCUAUGUUCUUGGAAGAAUCCCACCACCUCCUCCUCCCUUCCUUUACAACACAGGUUAUCCACAGCCACCUUUCCAACCAAUACCCUAUCCACCUGGACCUCCAUUUUUCCCUGUAAAUACUCCAACUCCUCCUGCCGUCCCUACUCCGGCACCCCAAACAGUAGCAACCACAACAACAGGCACCACCACUACCACUGUAACUACUGCUUCUGACACCACCACAAAGGGAUUUUUGGAUAAAAUUUCUUCCAUUUUUGGAUAA